AUGAGGAACCCGGAGAUUGUUACACUGUCUCGGGAGAAACUUGACCUGGAACUUAAGUGCAGUUAUUCAGAGCACUACGAACCCAAGAAUGUCCCCACUGUUCACGAGGCCCCCACUGUUCACGAGGCCCCCACUGUUCACGAGGCCCCCACUGUCCACGAGGCCCCCACUGUCCACGAGGCCCCCACUGUCCACGAGGCCCCCACUGUUCACCAGAGGCCCCCACUGUCCACGAGGCCCCCACUGUCCACGAGGCCCCACUGUGCACGAGGCCCCCACUGUCCACGAGGCCCCCACUGUCCACGAGGCCCCCACUGUUCACGAGGUCCCACUGUCCACGAGACUCCCACUGUCCACGAGACCCUCACUGUCCACGAGGCCCCCACUGUCCACGAGGUCCCCACUGUUCACGAGGCCCCACUGUCCACGAGACCCUCACUGUCCACGAGACCCCUCACUGUCCACGAGGCCCCCACUGUCCACGAGGCCCCCACUGUCCACGAGGCCCCCACUGCCCCCACUGUCCACGAGGCCCCCACUGUCCACGAGGCCCCCACUGUCCACGAGGCCCCCACCCCCACUGUCACCACGAGGCCCCCACUGUCCACGAGGCCCCCACUGUUCACGAGGUCCCCACUGUCCACGAGACUCCCACUGUCCACGAGACCCCCCACUGUCCACGAGGCCCCCACUGUCCACGAGGUCCCCACUGUUCACGAGGCCCCCACUGUCCACGAGACCCCUCACUGUCCACGAGACCCCACUGUCCACGGCCCCACUGUCCACGAGGCCCCCACUGUCCACGAGGCCCCCACUGUCCACGAGCCCUCACUGUCCACGAGACCCCCACUGUCCACGAGACCCUCACUGUCCACGAGACCCUCACUGUCCACGAGGCCCCACUGUUCACGAGGCCCCACUGUCCACGAGACCCUCACUGUCCACGAGGCCCCCACUGUCCACCCUCACUGUCCACGAGACCCACUGUCCACUGUCCACGAGACCCCCACUGUCCACGAGACCCUCACUGUCCACGAGGGUCCACCCCCACUGUCCACGGCCCCCACUGUCCACCCCCACUGUCGAGGCCCCCACUGUCCACGAGGCCCCCACCCCAGGCAAAGUUCGCACACGACUCCGGACACGAGCACAAAAGCUUUCAGUUAA